AUGGAUAAUUUCCCAUAUCCGCGAUAUAAGAGCGUCAAAGACAUGAGGUUCAACCUAGACGCUUCUCAUGCUGAAGAAGCCCUCGAGGCGAUACGUAGUAUGGCCGAAGCGCUCUACGCAAGCCUUGGCAAUGGCCCACGAUUUGACAGACUUAAGGGGGAGCUGAAGAGUAUCAUUCACUUCCAACCUCCGGAGCUCGUCAUCUGUCUGGGAGGACCUUCGGGCGUUGGCAAGACUACUCUCGUCAAUACCUUGUUGAAAGCACGCAUUCUACCAACGCACAAUGCCUCCGCGUGCACCUCGAGCGCCAUAGAGAUCAGGUAUCACCCAAGAUCGGACUACAAGGCUACUGUACACUUCACUGAGUACGAUGAGUGGAAGAUCCGUGUCUCGAACGUGCUAGGAUGCGCUGAUCUUGUGGAGAGACGUUCAUUGGUUGAGGCGGACUUCGUAGACAUCAAGGAAACCUUUUCGGCUGUCAAGGAAGUUCACGCCAAUAUCCUUGCAGACCUUAACAAGCUUCGGCGCCUUACCGAGGACGAGAUAAUGGCAGGUAUCAAACCACUUCUCGGCGAUACCCACACCCUCACCGGAAGCGACUCGUCGCUGUUCUUGAAAUCCAUCUCGCGUUAUGUGCAACCAGGUGCUCUUCCUGACGCCCGUGAAAGACGCAUGAAACUCGAUUUCAACUCUCUCGCGCCCCUUGUGGAUAAAAUUGUCAUUCACUGCAACGCCAAUAUUUUGUCGAAGGGCCUCGUAUUGAGAGAUCUCCCGGGUACAAACGACCAGAGCGCGUACAGGAACAAUCUCGGCCGCAAGUUCAUGCAAGAUGCUAGCCAUGCAUGGCUCGUAGUAGAUGCGGUGCGCGCUACGUCAAACUCCCAGGCAAAAGAUCUCCUUCGGGAGGCUAUGCCCAUCGCGAUGCAGAAGCAGCUAGUCAACAAUGACUUUUCCGCGGCACGGCAAUCGAUACUCGCUUUCGUAGUAUCCAAGAUCGACGACUUCGACGAGAGUAAUAUUGGAGUCGAACUCGGACUCGCUCGGAACCAUUUCAGUGAUUAUGAUCAAGCGGCGCAGCACACGGCCAGAAAGUUGGCAGACCUCAAGGCGAAGAUCAAAUCAAUGAAGGCAACAAGUGCUCAGAGAAAAAGAAAGGCAGUAGCUAGCUUGUCUCUUCCUGCGGCCAAGGCGGGACGUGGUCCUGGUUCUUCACGAACGCUCGUCCAGUCGAAGAACAUGACUGCGGAUGCUGCCCUUGAGACGGCUUCUCUUCAUGAGACUGGGAGCGGGGCAGAUGAUACGCUUGAAGAGCUACGCGACCUGCGGGAUGCUCAGAAGCAACGAGCGGAUCUUAUAAAGGAGCAGAAGGGAAUCCGGCGAGCGCGGUUCUCUGAGUGUGCGCGGGCCAGAGCAGACUUCAUCAUGCCUCGGCUGAAAGAACUGUACUCUACUAUGAUAGAGGAAGUAUCAAUCAAGCCCGUUUGUGUUACGACUCUACCUCCUGUUCUGUGCGUCGCUGCGAGGGAGUACGAAAAAUUCAAUCUCAACGAAGUCGCAAGCGACUCUGAUGAGGAUGAGGACGAUCAGGACACGAACUCUUCUGCGUUCGAGUCUAUUGAGGAUACUGGACUUCCGGAUUUGAUCGCCCUUGCCGAUGAGCUCACAGGGGAUGGCUACACUCGUGCCGUAAUCCAGGAAUUGUUUAAGCUUCGCAAGGUCGCCAACAUCAUUCAACUCGUUGUCUAUCCCGCGAACAAGAAUCCCAACAUUGCCAACACUCGAGCGGUCUUGCGAGGGUAUCUGAGAGGUUAUCCAGAUGGCGUCGCAGGUGCAUUGAUGCAUGCGCUCGCGGGGACCAUGACGGCCACCUUCGCUGGAAUCAAUGCCAAGAUCGGGGAGACAUAUUGUGAACAGCUCAGUAUCCGUUUGUUCCCCCAUAUACGCAGUGGCGCGCAAGCGGCAAAAGCGAGAGCCCUGCCUGCAUACGAACGUUUCUCAAGCACCCGUAGAUCGGCAGCCGAUACGACCGGGACGCUUCAUUGGCAGCGCUAUCUUGCUGUGCUUCGCCACGACGGGUCGUAUCGUGAACAUGACCUCAACGAGCUUCUUUAUAGUCCCAUGAGACACGAUGUGGGCCUGCAUUGGGCGAGCAGCAUCAACACCGACGCCCUUAAGCACUUUCGCCCCGAAGUUCAGAAGAAGCUGAUGAUGUUCUACGAAAGGCUACUCUUAUCUCUGCCUGAAGGCACUCGAAACUACUUUGUGGAUGCUAUGCUGGACUUGUGCGAGGCUUUACUACAAGACACAUCGCGGGUACUGGACGCGGCAACGAAGCACAUGAAGGAUUCCGGGAGAGCUAUCUCGCGAAGGAUAUUGCUCGAUCUACAGGAUGCACUCGCGGACGGCUACGAAAUGGCUCGUCAGGAGAGAGGAAGCGGCACUCUGAGUAGGGUGAAGGCCAACUUCGCGAACUGCCUGCGAGAUGCCCGAACCACAAUGUUCGACAACGCGGCGAGUGUCGCGAUCGCUGAUCUGGAGACAGCAGCAACUGAAACAGGUUCAAUCGUCCAACAUGGUUUGACGGAUGUAUGUCAGCAGGCCGAGAGUGCCCUCUCGAGCAUCGCAAUGGAACCCGUCGAUGCCAAUACGGCGGAGAUGAAACAAUUGCGCGAGCUUGCCCGGGAUGUGUACCGGCAGACGGGCUUUUGGACUGAGGCCGGCAAACGCGAUGGUGCUAUCGUUCUCGACAGGAGAAAGGAGAAAGGAGUUUUAUUGGCUGACUUCGCCCUACAUGCGGCUUAG